CAACUACGAUGGCGAGAACAGACGAAGUCGACCCCGGCUAUGUUGCACUCCCUCUCGAUCUCCAGCGCAGAAUAGACAACGCAUUCGACUCUGCCCUAUCCUCCUCUGGCUCUCCUCCUUCAAAGCGUCGCAAACUAGAACAAGAUCAGGCACCCGCACCUGGCGGUUUCCUUCUCGACGACGCCCCUCCUGGUGGCUUCUUGCCUGACGAGCCCCAGUCGUCUGAAGACCAGGACGAUCAGGAGAUCGUGCAGAGGCAUAUCCCCCUCUCCCUCAUUCCUACCGCCCUCCAGAUCCUCGACCUCCAACCCGACGACGAGGAUGUGCUCUCCGUCUUCCGCAACGCUGCCUCCGGAUGGAACGAUCGCUCGACUUCUCAGUCUGGCGAUCCGCUAGACGCUCUCGUCACCCGCAAGGAUUGGCGUGCUGUCUGCGCGGCCCUUCUCGACCCCGGUCUGGCCGGAGACGACGACGUGGACAUGGGCGGGGAUCAAGACCCCCCUUCCGGGUCCGAAGCUGGCGUUCCCCCCGGCGACGAGCUCUCUGAUUCGGGCGAAGAAUAUAUGCAGUCUUUGAGCAGUGGAUCCGAUGCUUUCGGAGUCGACUCAGACGACGAGUACCGGGAAGGCGGCUUCCUCCCCGCCAAGAACGCCAAAGGCAAGGCCAUCUCCAAGGUGGCGCCCUCUUCGCCCAAGUCCCGACGAGGACGCGGCCGUAAGCGUUCCAUCUCGUCCGAAGAUGGCGACAAAGACGACGCAAAACAACAUGGAUUGAGUGCCCGACAGAAGAAAGAAUGCCGUGCUACGUUCGCGCUCUUCUUCCCCGACGUUCCAGACGCGAGUCUCGACGCGCAGCGGAUCCGAAUCAAAGAUAUCACACGCGUAGCAGCGCUGCUGAAAGAGAAGAUCUCAGCUGAAGAGACAGUGGAGAUGCUCGACGCGUUCUCCACAGCCGCCGACAGGUCGAUGGGGCUCGCAGACUUUGAACGAAUGAUGGUCGCGGCCAAGCUAGCUUAAGGAAAGAACAAACUAUGAGCGUGGUCUGCAGCGGCGAAGAAAGCUGUCCGGACAUUAAUUGGGGUGGCCCGAUGGUGUGCGUCUAUUCGCGUCUCGCAGAGGGCCGAGGGAAAGGAAGGUUUUGGUGCGAGAGCUUUUAGCUGGCUUCGGAAGACGAGCUGGCCUUGGGGAACAUUUGCACUCAUUGACGGGCAAUCCACCUGCCUUGAAUAGCGACGGGAUCUGGUAAUAGGCAAGGUUUGGUACCCACGCUCCAGGUACCCCGCAGUCGGAUUCCGCAAUCGUUUUCGAGACAUUUGACCACGCAUACUUAGGUGACGCCUGCAACCGAACCAGCGCCGGAUGGACGCCCGGUUAACUUUCGCGAGCGUCGCCGUCCCGAGCUCGCUCUCUCCCGCGUAAUUCGUCGUCCGUGCCUUGCGUUUGUUUCCGCCAGUGUCCUUCAUUCCUCCGCCCACACAAGAUCCGUCUCUGCUUCGGCUUCAUUCCCCCUCCAUAGUCAGCAGGGCGCCGCCCCGUAACUCUUGCAUCGGGCCUCCCACGCCUGUUGCUACCUUGUGUCAGGUCCUUGAUGGCCUCUACCCUCCUCGCUCUUUCUCGCCGCUCAUAUCCAGCUUCCAGCCACUCAGAGCCCAUCUUCGGGUCAGCAGCCGGACCAUGUUUUCUCCCAUCUCUCUCCAUCCCACCUCGCGUACCCCUUACGGCGCUGUGACAUACCCUCCGAGAUCCAUGCCUAUCCGCAAGUUUCAUCGCAGCCCAUGAUGAGCCGGUCCUUGACAGUUCCAUACGGUCUCUGCGCGCUAUCCGUUGGCUUUACAGCUGCCCGAUGCGGGGGCUUCCAUACGUUGACAGCGAUUCGGAAAUCAAUCAACCUCAAUCGCGUCUUUCCCCAGACCCUAUAUAUAGUCCUCCCGCCCUGGGGAACCUUCGUGGUUCGUCGCCCCGCAUCCACAUCCUCGAGUUACCCAGGCCUACGCGUCGCAACCUCCC